AGGGCGCCGGCCGAGCCCCUGGUCGCUGAGGGGCCGGGGGAGGCGCGGAGAUGGGGGCGUGCGAAUGUCCUGCCCUGCUGCUUCUGCUGUCCUUGCUGCUGCUUCCUCUGGGCCUCCCAGUCCUGGGCGCCCCCCCUCGCCUCAUUUGUGACAGCCGAGUCCUGGAGAGGUACAUCCUGGAGGCCAGGGAGGCCGAAAAUGUCACGAUGGGCUGUGCUCAAGGUUGCAGCUUCAGUGAGAAUAUCACCGUCCCAGACACCAAGGUUAAUUUCUACACCUGGAAAAGGAUGGAUGUCGGGCAGCAGGCCUUGGAAGUCUGGCAGGGCCUGGCCCUGCUCUCAGAAGCCAUCCUGCGGGGCCAGGCCCUGUUGGCCAACUCCUCGCAGCCGUCUGAGACCCUGCGGCUGCAUGUGGACAAAGCCGUCAGCAGCCUGCGCAGCCUCACCUCCCUGCUUCGGGCGCUCGGAGCCCAGAAGGAGGCCAUCUCCCUUCCAGAGGAAGCCUCUGCUGCUCCACUCCGAACAUUCACUGUUGAUACUUUGUGCAAACUUUUCCGAAUCUACUCCAAUUUCCUGCGGGGAAAGCUGACGCUGUACACAGGGGAGGCCUGUAGGAGAGGGGACAGGUGACCAGGUGCUCCCGCCCCGGGCACAUCCACCACCUCACUCACCACCACUGCCUGGGCCACGCCUCUGCACCACCACUCCUGACCCCUGUCGAGGGGUGAGCUGCUCAGCACCAGCCUGUCCCACGGACACUCCACGGCCAGGGGUGACAUCUCAAGGGCCAGAGGAACUGUUCAGAGCUCAACUCAGAUCUAAGGAUGUCACAGGGCCAGCCUGAGGCCCCGAAGCAGGAGGAAUUCGGAGGAAGUCAGCUUAAACUUGGGGACAGAGCCUUGCUGGGGAGACACCAAAACUCACCGUGGUGCCCUGCUGAACGGUGAUGCCAGGACAAGCUGGAGGGCGGAGACCACUUUUUGCACCUAUCAAGCAGGGACAGGAGGGACUGGAGAAUUUAGGUGGCAAGCCAUGAAUUCUCCAGGUCUCAUGGAGACUCCCAUGACAGCAAGAGCCCACUGGACAAAGGGUGGUGGGAGCCAUGAAGAUGGGAUGGGGGCUGGCCCCUGGCUCUCAUUGGGACCAAGUUUUGUGUAUUUUUCAAUCUCACUGGCAAGA